UGUGGACAAAAAAGACGAUGAAGUUACAACACAUGUAUUUAUAAUUUUUACGGGAUAAUUCAAACAUGUGAACCAUUUCUAAGCGAUACUACUUAAAGGCAAAGCUAAAGAAGAUCCUCGAUUUAUAGGCAAUGCGGUAGGGCUUUUGAUUGGGAUACAUUUGGAGGAUACAAUGGGUUCAAAAGUUGAUGUAAAGGUCGUACUUUUGGGGAAGGAAUAUAGUGGAAAAACUAGUCUUGUUGAGAGAUAUCUGCACCACAGAUUUAACGAGAGUGUACCUUAUCAAAAUACCAUUGGUGCAGCAUUUGGUGCAAACAAAGUCAUUGUAGGAAAUAAAAGUGUUACACUUGGAAUAUGGGACACUGCUGGAUCAGARCGAUAUGAGGCCAUGAGUAGAAUAUAUUACCGUGGAGCCAAAGGGGCCGUAGUUUGUUAUGAUCUUACCAACAAGUCCAGUUAUGAAAGAGCCAAGUUUUGGGUGAAUGAAUUAAAAACAUAUGAAAGCAAUUGUAAAAUAUACCUGUGCGGAACAAAGUUGGACAUUGUACAAGACGAUAAGAAAUUGCGGAGAGUCGAUUAUCAUACAACAACAGACUAUGCAGAUGAAAUAAAUGCCAAAGUCUUUGAAACAUCAAGUAAGACAGGACAUAAUGUUGAGGAACUUUUCUUUGAAGUUGCUAAAGAUUAUGCCAAGGAUGAACAAAUCCCUGAAAAUAAUUCUAAUGAUGUUCAAACACUUCACCUUCAAGAUUCAAAAGAUAAGAAUGCAGAAGGGUGUGCAUUUUGUGGAAGAUAAUAAUUAUUAUGGAAAACCCAACUAGACUUUUAAAAAUUAUCAUACAAAAAUAGUAGAACAUAAUUAUGUUCAAAAACUUUGAGCAACUUAACGUUUAUUCAUAAACUGCAUGAACCAAAGUGCUUUAUUUAAGAAAUAGACAUACAUGGUUAUUUUUUUCAACGUCCGAAAAUUUUAUUAGCAAAAUGUGUGAGUUCUGACAGUGUGGAUGUGAGCUGAUCUAAGAACUUUGCUUGAUUCAUACAUGUAAAUCAAACAUUACCUACACUCGUAUAUGAACAAAAUGUACAUCCAUACAACAUAUCAUCCAAGAAUAUUAAAAAUGGAGUAGGGGGGAUUGUCCUUACAAUUAAGUCGAACCACAAUUUUACAGACAAUGAUUUUAUAGAUGURCYGAUAYCUGACAAAGCUGUUUUCCAUCCAAGUCAGGUACCAACCAUAUUUGUGACAUAUUGAAUAGAAUAAUAAUUGUUUUAUGAUUAUCAAUGGAUGGUUUUCAAUGAAGUAAUCGGGGACAGUGAAGGAGAUGGAAGAAGAUUUUCCGAUUUUUUCUUUUACAAAAGUGGUUUACAUUUCCUUUUCCAUCCCCCACUUACUUUGCUAGCAAUAGAGUAGUAAUUCAGAGAGAAUGAGUUUCAUUACGAAAAUCAUAAAUGUAUAUAUAAUUUCUUAGUUCAUAAAUGCGAUGUGAGCUUAGUUUGUAAGUGAGGAAUAAAAUAUUGACAGAAUCA